ACAGUUUUUGACACGCGAACUACUCUAUGUGUGAGGUUGAGGAAGCAGAGUGAAGAGAAAGAAAAAAAGAUAGAGAGAUAAGGAGCCAUGGCUUCGCUUUCGCUGCGCAUAACUCCUUGUACUACUCCUCCUUUACGCCAUACGAGAGCUAGAGUCUCCUGUUGCUCUUCUGGGCAUGUAUCAUUUAUCAAAGAUGUAGCUGCCACUGAACCUCCAAUGCAUCUUCAGCACUUGCUCAAAGUGCUUCAAACAAGAGGUGAAACAAUCAUAUCUCCUGGAGCUAAGCAGGGACUGAUACCUCUUGCUAUUCCGCUUUCGAAGAAUUCUUCAGGCUCUAUUACUGCGCUUCUGAGAUGGCCUACUGCUCCUCCAGGUUUGGAUAUGCCGGUUGUGGAAGUGUGGAGGAGUGGAGUCCGGCUUAUAGCUAGAAAUGUAGAUGAGUAUAUUCACCGGAUUUUGGUUGAAGAAGAUGCACAAGAGUUGACAGAACUUUAUCGUGCUUCAGCAGAGGCAGGUGAAAAACUUUACAGAAAGGGUGCUUUUGCUGAAUCACAAAUUGACAAUCUUGAUGUCUACGUCUUAAAGAAGGUUGGGCUAUUUCCAGAUUUGUUGGAACGGAAAGUAUUACGGCAUUUUGAUGAAGGAGAUCAUAUUUCAGCUAUGGUAACAGGAGAAUUUUACACAAAGAAAGACCUCUUUCCAGGAUUUGGACGACCUUUCGUAUAUUAUGCAAACAUACUGCAGAAGGUAGGAAGGAAUUCAGAAGCAAAAGACGCUGCUAGAGUAGCAUUGAAAUCACCUUGGUGGACAUUAGGAUGUUCUUAUGAGGAGGUUGCUACUAUUGCGCAAUGGGAAGACGAGCAAAUUGAAUUCGUAAGGGAGAAGGUGAGUGAUGAAGGUCGUCUUGAGGAUUUGACUAAAGGCAAAGCCCCAAUUCAAGUCGCGCUAGAUGUUGCGGCUUUUCUUUUGGAUUUGGCUUCUAUUGAAGGAACUUGGUCUGAAUCUGUAAACCAAAUUGCUAAAUGUUAUAAAGAGGCUGGCCUACUAGAGAUUUCCAAUUUCAUAUUGUACACCGAGUGAACUCAAAUCAUAAAACUACUUGUUCAUAAUGCGAAAAGAUUCUUCCAUUGUUCAGUUCA